AGUUUUUCCCUAAUUUCUUCUUCAUUGAAGAAGAGAACACUUCAUCAACGAUACAAUCAAUUCACUGUCUCUGAAAUUAUCCGAGUAAUUAGUUGAUUGAAGUUUCAAUAUGAGCAGUGACGCAAAGGAAACUGCAGAAGAUCUUUUUGCGGAGGCGUCAAGGGCUGUUGAUUUGCUCUACAACGUUCGAGACACCUAUUUUCCGGAAAAUCCAGAUGAAAAAGCUUCGAAGCUCUCUACAGAGUCAACUCUUGCCCUCCAAGUGCUCGAUAGAAUUCCCCAAGAGAAACGGAAGAUGCCAGGGCAGAGAGCUACUUUUGAGUAUUUGAGAGGGAAAGUGUUGGAUGUUUUUCCCGAGUAUAAGAAAGAAGCUGAGGAUCAUCUCUCCAAGGCUGUGAAGCUGAAUCCUUCACUUGCAGAUGCUUGGUUGAGCUUAGGUAACUGCAUAUGGAAGAAAGGUGAUCUAGUUUCAGCAAAGAAUUGUUUUACACUUGGCUUAAGCAAGGGUCCACAUAAAGGGCUUCUUUGUCAAAUAUCGAUGCUUGAAAGACGAAUGGCUCAAGGAUCUGAAGACCAGGUCAAAAUUGUCGAUGACAGCAUAAAGCAUGCAAAAGAAGCCAUCUCUCUUGAUGUCAAGGAUGGGAACUCUUGGUAUAAUCUAGGGAAUGCUUGUCUCACGUCAUUUUUUGCCACCGGAGCUUGGGACCAUGGAAAGCUUCUCCAAUCUUUGAAGUCGUACCAACAUGCUGAAAAAGAUGAAAGAAUGAAGUCAAAUCCUGACCUAUAUUUCAACUGUGCCAUUGUUAACAAAUAUCUAGAGAACUACGAGAGAGCUCUGAGUGGAUUUGAAGCUGCUGCAUUGAGGGAUCCUGGUCUAAAUGCAACGGAGGAAGUUCAGAAGAUUAUUCGCCUUCUCGAUAAAAUAGAUAGUUCGCUUCGAGGGCAGUCCAAGGUCAAACGACUAGCAUCCUUGGCAUCAUCUCUCGCUAGUGUAAAUUUGAACCCAUCUUACAAAAAAGAGACCGUAGAUUGUCUGUCAGAAGGUCUGAACAAAGCAGUUGGCAUCGUAGGAAAAGUCAUAUUCUUCAUUAAGCACGAAAAUGUGGCACCAUUUUACUAUUUGCUAUGUGAUCCAAGUCAGAAAUGCUACGUUCUGUCUGUCUAUGGAGUACAUAACGAGGCGAUUAAAGAAGGAGAUCAAGUCACUAUUCUAGAACCUUCUUACCAAUAUAUUGAUUUUUCGUGGAAGGGAAAGUCGUACCAGUUCAGAUCAGUCCGUGUUGAUUUUAUGGAGCAAAUACUCGUUAAUGGAAAAGCCUUGCCUCCCCAGCACUCUGUUCAAACAUCAAUCUACGCCCAGAACAAGACGUGAAAAAGGUUCCAGGGUUUGCAUCUGGAUGCACAUAACUCCUGUGAAGAAUGGCAACGACGAGUACGAUAAAGAGAUAUAGGUGAUGUGUGUGAAACAGAAGUAUGUUUGUAUACAAAAGUGGAACUAAGCUCUAAAUGAGAUUUUGUUAAUCCUUUUUUUUACGAAAAUUGUUUGAAUUGGUCUGUAAUCUUUGCUUGAAGUGUGGGGUGACAUGUAUGUAAAAAAUCUUUUGUUUUUGGCA